AUGGCAGUGCGCGCGUGGAGCUGGACGCGCAUCGACGGCCGCAACGUGCUGGCUGUCCCUACCCAGACGGAGAUCCGUCUAUACGACAGCGAUGACUUCAUCCUUCUCUCCCGUCUCGCACCGUCGGGCCACCGUUCGCCCGUGGCUUUCGUGCGUUGGAGUGCUUUUCACGGUCGUUUAGCCUCGCUAUCGAGCUCCCUGAUCCUCGUACAUGCACCGCAACGGGACCCACAAGUGCGCGGUCGCGUGCAAUUUGUAGCUAUAUGCUCUUUCCAUUUAAGCGAUGCGCACGUGAGCAUCCGCGGGCUUGCGUUCUCUCGUAGUGCCGAUGAGCUGCUCUACUGUGGAGUAGAUGCGGGUCUAGGGAAGCUGGACGUGCGUGGCUCAGGCUCCAGCGUCGAUCAAGCCCCAGUAUUGUGGCAGGACGAAAGCGAGGCCACCGAUGUGGCCAAAUACUCACCCACCGCCUUCGUUUUUGCCACGUUGACGAUGAAGCAGGUGAAAGUGUGGAGAAUGAAGAGGAAAUUGGGGGAUUUUGAUCAAAAUCAGACGCUACAUAAAGUUGAAAAAUUGAGUCAUCCAGAUCCAGUGGUGUAUUUCUCAUGGAAACCUUCAACCACGCAGUGGCAUUCCACGUUGGAGACAGAUGGGACCAGGAAGGCUCAGUGGUUUGAACCGGCGAGAAUUUUAUUGACAUGUACGGCUACGAAGUCGGUCAGGAUAUGGACGGAGACGCAGGAUGCAGAGUUUAUUCCUGUGCUGGUGUUUGAACCCACCUACCCAAUUGACAACGUACGCUGGGUCAUGUCCAAGAACAGGAAUAUAAGCGACGAGAACUUUCAGGUGGUGAACGACGUGAAUGACACACAUGCAGAUUGGAUCUCUGGGGUGGAUCGGGAUGGGAUUUUGAGGCUGUGGAGAGUUGUGGGCAUUGUGUCGUCCAAACCGACGGUGGAAGAGACGACACUGCAGAUUAAAGUGAACGGAGAAGACGACAAGCAGACGAUGGGUGUGAAUCUGGGAGAGGCUUGCGUCAUGGCCUAUUUCUCGCAGAACUACUUCGUUGUGUCUUCUCCGAGAGUGCAGGAGCCUACACAGCGUCGAAAACUGGCUCGCUCUCCUAGUUUAUCGCCGUGGACAUUCUUCGACUACGUGACGGGGGAAUCUGGCUUCGAAUAUGAGGUUACAUGCGAAAAACCGGCAAACACGGAGCUGGGGGUUCAGUUUGAGGAGAGAAAAGGAAAGCUGAUUGUGUCACGGAGCUUUGCUGGUAGUAAAUGCCUCGGUGAAGUGGUCGAGGGCGAUGAGCUUGUCGGAAUCAACAACAAAAGCGUCGUGGGAAAGGAAAUGAACGGAGUUUUUGCUUUGAUCGACAAACUCCCGCCUCAGGAGCCUUUGCUAUUGCGCUUCCGGGCAGCCUGUGUGCAGAAUUAUCACGGAACAAUGGGGCAAUCAAUGUAUGAACCCAGCUCUCAGUUGAAGACGUCAGAUGCUUUCCAGCCAGCGUCUAGCAGUAGCAACGGAGGUGAUGUGAAUACAGAGAAACAUUCCGUUGAGGAGUACGCAUCGGACCUUCGACGGAGCUUUCUGGCGUCGCUGGAGAAACAAAACCCGCGAAGCCCUAGCAGUACGGACAACAUGAUUCAUGCAGGCGCGGUAUCAAUGUAUGGUGGCUGGAAACAAUUGCUUUACAUGAAAGCAGUAUCCAGAUUGUCAUCCCUUUGCGUGUGUCCAUCUUAUGCUGACGAUGGCGAAUAUGUACCUGAUUCAGUAUUGUUCUUUGGCAUCGAAGUACUACCUGGGAUGCUCCGUGUGUGGAAAGGAGUUCGCGAUGGCGCGAAGAGCUCGUUUGAGCUUGUUCCCCUUCAAAUUCAAGACCCAGCAAUCGAAAAGAAAGCUAACAUCACUGCGAUUGCUGGUGAACGAGACUACCGCCAGCGAGCAUUCACAAGCAAGCGAGCUCAAGGUCACAACAGUCUGAACUCACUGCUUUUUAUUGGUGAUACUGCUGGCAACGUCGAACACUGGCGCUGUCAGGUUGUUGGAGACAUUAUUCAGUUUACGAUGAUGAGUUCCAACCCCAUAGGCGAAGAAGAUUCUCCCCCAUCGCCUAGUGACCAUCACGUCCGUGAGCCAACUGGCUCGUUUUGUCGACGUGGAUAUGUUUCUGUUGAUCAAGGUGAAAGCCCCGAAGACGCUGAGAGGACUGUUGCUGGCGGUAUAAGCCACAUCGAAGUGGAUGAUCCAAACCGCUUGGCAGUUCUACACGCUGAUCAACCCGAGGAACUCUAUGUGUUUGAAGCCGAGUCCGGGCUCGGAAUUCUGCGUCCAGAAGAAUCGAUUCCAUCAAACGGCAGAGGACACAUUUUGGGUUUCACGUGGUGCAACUCGCAUGUUGAGUUUAAUGUCGACGCGCUUGCGUGGGAUGAGCCGGGAAGCUUGCUGCAACACGCGAUGGAUUGGAAAGCAGCCGAGUCGCCACAGAAACUACCGGUGUGGCAUCCCUACGUAUUGCUCACAACAAUGUUCGGCAUGCACGCGCGUGUCGGAGAGAAGGACACUGUGCUAGCCGGAGACCGGACGUCCUACGAGUUUUCCAGAGCUUUUAAAGAUGCCACUCAAAUGUUGAAGCUCCUGGCUAAAGUCCUCGAGCAUGAGCCUUCAGCUCGUGCUAGCGCUUCUAGUGGAGUUCUCUCGUAUACUGGCCCAGCGCGUUCUAAACGAACUGCUCUAAGUGAGAAUGGACACGCUCGAAUGCUGGAGUCUGUUGGCCGAUACUCCACAUCUAUUCACCGAAGUGAUCGAAUUGAUAGGGCAGAGAAUCUGUUUGCUGCUCCGAUGAGCAGAGACAAUCAAAAGAGAUACAGCUAUGAUGAAGAUGAGAGCUUCACCGACGAGGACGAUCAACGCACUCUUGGAUUAGGCGAAGCAGCGACAAUUUUGACAGCGGUUGAGUCGAUGCUCGAGGGUAAGACACAUGCAUUACAAGACAACGCGUCUGAGUUGUUCACCUCAUUUAGCGAAGAUCAUUUGUUGGAGAUGAAGGCGCUUCUGAGUUUUGUGGACGCGAUUCAGUCGCUCGGGUUUGACUUGGAUGCUUCAGCUGCAGAUCUGGGGGCCAAACGCUUCUUCUCGAUGCAUCUGUUUGCCAAUUCUCUACGAAGUGUUGUGCUGGCGCACACAGGCAACAGCGCUGACAGUGUCAAAAGCAAUCCGCAAACCGGAGAAAGCGAGGCCUUAUCAGGCAAGUUGAAGUGGAGAAAUUCUUACAGCGAGCGUGAUGUCUGCUUUUGGUUACCAAGUUUGGAGGAAACCCCUUCCUCAGGGCUACUGUGGGCACUGCAUUCAGAUGCGCAGCAGUUCUUGUGGGAGCAUUGCAUUCAGCCCAGUAUGCAAUGGGACGACAUUCGGCCUCUAUGGCUUGGACUCUGGAUCAAGGAUGUUAAGGACUUGCGAGGAAUAGUUGAAAGGUUUGCGAAGGUCUCCUAUGCCCGAACUAAAGACGCGAUGGAUGUGUGUUUGCUCUACUUGGCAUUGGGAAAGAAAAAAGUGCUUAGCGCAUUGGCAAAACUCACUCAAUCGGAGUCGAACAAGACACUAGCUUCGUUCCUGGAUAACGAUUUUUCUGAGAAACGCUGGAGCAAUGCGGCAGUGAAGAAUGCGUAUUCUCUUCUGAGCAAAAAGAAGUACGAGCCCGCUGCGGCGUUUUUCCUUCUGUGUGAGCCUCCACGGAUUCAAGAUGCAGUUCGCGUUCUUUCGAUGCGGCUCGGAGACCCAAGUUUGGCACUGGUAAUCGCAAGACUUGUGGAGUACGAAACGGACAAGCUGCAACAUGAUUUCUCAUCGAAUCAGGCCGGGAUCACGCCAGCGGGGGAGAUCACCAAGCAAUUACUCGAGCAAGAGAUUGUACCUCUUUUCCGCCGAAAGCGUGAGGUAUGGCUGGAGAGUUGUGCGCUCUGGUGGCUUGAAGAGUUCGAACAGGCGUGGGCUGUGCUACUUCCUCAAUGCCAAGACGUGGGUGUUUGUGGAGGCAAUGAAGCAACUCUUUCUACAAAGAGCGACUUGGUGUCAAGUGUGAUGCGAGCUACACACUUCUACGUCAACCUCACGUCUCUCACGGUCUACUUCCAGCAUCUUCACUCCAGUGUCAACUCUUCAUUGCUCACCUGGGCGAAGAAGAAGAUGCAGCAGAAAGCGUUUCCUGAUCUCCCAGCAUCACCAGUGCCAGCUUCUUCAGGCAAGAGGCGUCUACAACUCGCUUCAACAGCAGAUAUUGAGCAUGCGUUUUCGUAUGCAGCGUACGUGUGCAAACGUAGUGGAUUGAGCGAUACAGCACUCGUCGAGAUGCUUCAAGCGCGACACUUGGUGAACGUCCAUGCACGCUUUGAAAUCUCAACCGUCGAAGCUGGAAGCGACCAGCUCCGCGAGUUACCGAUGGAUGAAGAGCAGGACUUUGUAUCGGGGAGUCCUACUUCUCCUCGAUUCCAGUCAUCACUUAAAAACUGGCGGCGAGGAAGCACGCUGUCGUGUAUUUCGUCACCGAAAGCGAGUAACUCUCUUCGACAGAGGAACUGGGGUGCCUCACAGAGACGCAUGAGCUUCAUGGGCGAGAUCAACCACUCACAAUUCGACCCAAUGGCGAGCGGAAGGAAGCCACGACAUCGCGCAAGCUCCUUUUCAUGGUCAAAGGCGCUGCAAUCGGAGAAGUCCGUCCCGACAGCGCCGUGGCUGAAAGCUCAGAUCGCUGAUAUCGAGUGUAGACGGUGGGCGUCGUCCGCCUUUGUGGGUAAAAUGAUUGGAAUUCGAGUAGCACGCGAGAUGAUCAGCCACUUCCGCGUUGAAUUGGACAUGUGGUUUCGCCAUGGAGAUAACGCCGACUCUCCUACACACGCUAUGACGAUCUCAACUUCUCCAGGACAACGGCACUUUCAUCGAGUCAAACUUCACAGGGAAUUUUUGGAUGAGCUGUGCACGCCGCUAUGCGAGCAGUUCCAGGUGGACCGCAAUUACGUUUACGAAGCAGCUCUCGCUGUGAUGCACCCACACGCAUACCUUCAUAUCGUCGAAGUUUGCUUCCUGUUGUCAGAGCUUGGCAGAGGCUCGACGCUACGCAAGUGGGUCGAAUAUGUGUCUUUGUCGAUGCUUCAUUCGUGCUCUACAUUUGCUUCCUGCAGCAUUGCCGAGGACGUAUAUCGUGACUGGGAAGGCCUCACCAUUCAGCUGUGUUAUAUCCUGAAUCUCGAUGCUCAAGGCCAGAUAAAUAUCCCGGCUCAAGUGACUGCACAUAUCAGUGUUGCGGUUCGUACAGGCAUCAUUUUCUUGGGUUGGGCGCGACAACGGCCAGAUAUUGUUCGACAAGCUGUCACGUUGCCAUUCUACACGUACGGGACGGUCAACGGAGCGCUCAAUGGAGCUGUUGCCGCCGGUCAAGCGGAUGAAGAUAGUAUUUCGCUACUGUCAUGGGGUGGUGUUGACAACGCGGCAAGCCAGAACCAGUUUAAGAUUCGCAAGAUGUACACACUGAUUCUCAUGGUGUCCGUGCUCCGGACGCUGUAUGCUCGAGCGACAGUUUUCCUGAGCACGUACCAAAACGAUAUUGACUCUAACGACGAGACAGGUAUUGAGACGGACAUAGCUAGCUCGCUGUUUACGCCGCAGAAACUGUGGAAAGCACUGGGUGAAGGCCCUUUGGAAGGACUAAAGCGGUGGUAUGCGCUGAUCGAGUCUCACUUGCGAUGUGAGUUUGACUACUCGGUAAAGGAAGUUCCGUGUCUCUGUGGUCUGUACGGAUUGGAUACUGCAGCCUUUAAAGAAGCCGCUGCGAAUGGCUGGAAGGAGCUGAAAUGUCAAGCGGAUCACAGUGACAACCCUAUUCACAAUGGCAAUGGUAACACAGCUACUGACUCUGUCACGAGGAAUAACGUCACCGCUGUAACCCCGAUCGAAGCCAAAGAUGCGGUGGAAGAUGAGAGUUCUGGUAGCUUGCAGGCUUUUCUUCGUGGUAUUGGAAUGAGUUUGGAGCUGCACACAGCGCUGGUAAACGCAAGUGACGACUAUGUGCUGCUCCUGAUGCAAAAUGCAGACAUUGGAGUGCGAACAGCCUUACGACGUUUCCGCAUCGAUCCUCGGGUGUAUGUGAAGAGCUUUGUGCUUCGAGAUGCUUUCGGCUGGUUCGCUCGGCACGAGAUCUUUAAAGGUGAGACGGAAGCCGACACUAUCGCACAAAUCCAUGCGUUCGUGAGUCGUUGUUGUAAGCAGCGCAAACUACGAUUGCUAGUGGCACACCGUGGUGAAGAUGCACAGAUGUUCCCGUUGGAUCAUUAUCACGCGCGUCCACGCCAAGACACUGACGUUGAUACUCACGCCACAGCCAAUGAGCAUUCUUUGCCACGAUCGCGAUUUACAAGUGCAGUUGGGAGUGAUGUUCCCUUGUCGGGAUCUAAGGACGCGGAAGCUUUGCCUGAGGCGUUCUACUUGCAAUCUAUGAUGUUCGUGGAUCCCUGGGAAGUCGAGGCGGAGUGGAAUGUGCGUCGAUACAUGUACAAUGCACAAUCCCCACGACAUGUAGAACUUGGGUGGGACCGCUUGAGCCCGAUCUGCUCGGAGACGUGCGAUGAAAUUGUUGAGUCAGCAUUCGAAGAUCCUGAUCUUGUGGCAAUGUGGAAAACCACAGGCGGAGAAGGCUGGCUGGUGACAGCUAUCACGCAGUACCGUUUAGAUGGUCUCCAUUCGUAUCGCACUCUUCACCAGCACAUUCAACGUGGCCUCGCUGGCAAAGAUGAGCCGAGGAUCCCGCUUCUUGUCGAGAUUUAUUCACGCAGCCAACGCAAUGCAAUGUUUGAGGUAGCAGGCUUACCUCAUCGGUUUGUUGGUGCUAUCACUGUGGAACUGGUCGAAGCAAAGGAUUUGAUUGCGUGCAGCUGGAUAGGAAAGUGGAGUGACGCUUACGUGUUCCUGGAGCUGUGUCAUGCAAAAGACAAACCUCGCGAAACAGCCGAAGAGUGGAGCUUGCAAACAUAUCGAAGUCCAGUCGGCAAUGGCGGAGUAAAUCCUCAAUGGGACUCGAAAGAGAACAAGUUUCCGUUCCGCUUCGCUAUCCCCACCCACGGCAAACACACUGCCCGCCCAACCCGAAAUGUUCAUUUCUCUAAUGGUGUGGGCAACGACCGCAAAGUGGAUGUACGAGCCAGUCACUUGGCGUCGCAACUAUGGAAUGCAGACGUCAAUGACACGAAUCGCGAUGCAGUUGAUGCUCUAGAGAAGCUGCUGCCUUCAGUGUUUUCUGGCCCGCCGGCGAUGCUGCGAUGCACUGUGUACCAGAAGAACAAAGUUUUGAGUCAUCGGUUCAUGGGCAGAGCAGAGGUUCCUCUGGAUGAGCUCACGUCCGGUAAUCCAAUGGAUUGCUGGCUGCCGCUUGAAGAUACAGCGAGCGGAUCGCUGCACGUGAAGAUCUCUUUGUCUUUCCAGCUCAUGUGUUCAUCCAUGGCAGGACAUCCGGAGUUCAAGGAAUUGCGAUGAGAAGCAACAUUCUCGAAGCAGGCUACUUCGAGAACUAGGUACUGCAGCAUGGUAGCAGAUGUACUGUACAACUCAGCGCUACUGUAGUCACGCAAGGCAAAAAAAACGUUAUUAAUAUUGGUAAUACAAGUGGCAAACUACAUGUA